AUGACACAAUUUAAGGCAGACCGCUUUGCUGCAUCCGCAAAUCAGGCAUGUCUGCCUCCCAUCUCCAUGGACUCGUCGCUUGCUGUACCCCUCUCUAGCCUUGAAUAUGUCCAUGAGCAAUUGGGAGGAGGGCGCCGCCAAUCAUCACCUCCUGAGUUGACCCCCACAAGGCUCAGGAGUAGAAUCAGAGCUACUUCACGGGAUGCUGGUAUUGUGAAGGAGGCAUCUAUUCGCCGAGCCCAUCAGCAACCUUCAAGACACUCUCCUGCCCCCUCAGGACACUCUCUUCCCCUAUCAGGAGCUGCGACUUCUAGCUUUUUUCUCGACGACGGUCCCACGAGCAUCGACAUGUCAUCUCUGCCGAUGCCACUUCCGUGCAGUCGUCAAGGUUCGCCCUAUCUUGGCGAACCUAUUCUGCGACUUCCUUCUCAUCCAGCCAGCGACCGCGACACAGCAUCACUCACCCUCUCUGCUCUGAAUGAGCGGCAUUCCUCUCCCUCAGGAGGUGAUCGCAAUUCGCAAGAACCUGCACAGAUUCAAGACAUGUUUUACGGUCAUAGCAUGAAUGCGCAGCCCGCCUGGAUAGGCCCAAAUAAACCCCACCCCUUUGAUUCCAUGGCCAAUGGUGUUGAAAAUUUGCCAUCCCACUCCCACAAUCCGACCCUAUGUGACGUGUCCCGACUCGUACCUCCCCUGUAUGUAAUACCUCCAACACCGUCCAAAGAUGUCCAUGAUGGCAUUGAUCAGUCUGCUCCGAAAGCAGCCAUUCCCCAGCUUGACCUCAGCUACUACCCUGAUGAUGGGUCUAGUCAUUCGCGUUUCCCAGAAGAAAGCGUGUUUGAUGAUAACGCAAAUUCGCAGAAACCAUCCCUGAUGGGACGGAGGUCGUUGGAGAUGAACACACUUUUGGACGAAGGUUUUGCAGGGAUUGAACAUGCUUUCGAUGAUUUAUCUCUGUCGACUACAUAUCCGCUUCAACAGCUCACUAAUAUGUUUCUCAAGAGUCGUGGGCGAACAGUUCAUGGUAUUAAUUACUGGAACAUAUACGUGAAUUACUUCAAGGAGAACAUGGACAAAGAAGUGGUGCGUGUAAUGGAGGAUGACGUGAACGACGCCAAAGGCAAAGGAAAAGGAAAAGAGGUUUGUAGGCCAGAUAUGCAGGGCACGCCGAGCACGAGGCUGCGAACACGCUGCUAUGAAAAAUUCAAGGACACCUUCCCAGAUGUGUACCAGGAUAUUCUCGACAUGUUUGAUGAAGCUGCUGUGCUAGGUGCUGCUACCCAAACCGUCUCUCAAUGUGGACAAUCGUUCCAGAGGCUCUGUAAAAAAGUGACAGGCAUAUUAGAUUCCUCGGCCGCCAGAUUUGGUUUUGAGGCCGCUGUUGUGCUGUGUGGAAAAAUAGUGAACCAAGAUGCAUCACUCGGUCAUGUACACACCACACCCGGUGCUGGAGGGUUUUUUGAGACACGAUGUCGUGCCAACGACGACACAAUCAUCGCUCACAUCAAAGCCCAUGUAUUUAACGCUGCCUCGUUAUCAGCAGUCGAAGCAUCCUUCAAUGUUGACGAUGACAACCAGGGUAUAGAAUCAUCAUUGAGGGAUGACACCUCGGACGUUCAAAUUGUAGAAGGGCGAGAGGUUGCACUAAAGUGGUUGAAGCGCGAGCUCACCAGACAAGUUGAGUGCUGCGGCGGCAAAUUCGCAUCUGACAAAAACUUUCCUUGGAAGCUCAUGCCGAACGCCCUCGCCGAUGACCGGCUUCGCAUCACUGGUUAUCCUGCACACAAGUGCUUGUUACCGGGUGAAUACCAUAGCAAUACGUCGAAGAGCAAGGCCAUUGGAGGGCUGAUGCACAAGGAGAUCUCUGCACUUGUAGAUGCCCUGAAGGCAGGAAUAAUGGUCGUCGUUAACGUACCCGCAAAGCUCCAGGCCGCUCUCAUUGCCUCCGAGGUGCCUGUUAUCGUUGGCGAAGCGCCUCCGUCUGACUAUCCGCACCCUGGUGCCCACCGCAUGUUCGCAGAUGGUCACUCGGACUUUAACGGACCGCCCCGGGCUAAGCCUACCACUGCAGCGACCAGGGUCAAGAAGACACAGAUAGGUCACAAUGCCAGACCGUCUUCUCACGAUGAGGUCCCUUCCUCGCGCCCAUUUGUCGUGGUCACAAAACCUCCACCACACCCAGCACCUCCUCCCUCGCGUCCAUUUGUUAUGGCCACCAAGCCUGUCAUGCUUGACGUAAUCUCCUUUUCGACCUCUGACUCUGAGGAGGCGCCACUAAAAAAUGGUAAGGGCAAAAAGAGGAAGUUAAAAUUGCCGGCAGCAUCUCGAACAGCGAAGAGGCAUGCACCAUCUGCAGCAAAUGAUAAGAAAGGAGAGACGAGGGGUGGGCCAUUAUCGCCUCUGACUGUUAGAUCUUCAAGUGAUGAGCCGCUCGCACCGGCAGCUCAACCUGCUAAGAGGCUCCGGGACGGCCCCGUCAAUCGUUCUCACUACGUGGAGGGCCGCGCACCUCGGAAGUUGUACCACGAGGUUGACUCGGAAGGUGCUUAUGAUACCAACAAGAAGGAUCCUGCUAUCGAGCUUGCUGUAAACGCUCCUCCACGCCCCGUAAUGGUUGCUCCAACUUCAGAUGACCCAUCCGUGCUCGCUCAUACAUCGCAGACAGAGCCUUUGAACACCGUGGCUGACCAGGUUGGUCCAGCCAGUCCACAUACUGCAGAGCAGCAGUCACCCCGGCCUAUGGCGUCUCAGAAUCCUCUGCGGAGCGACCCUCGUGAUCCUUUGGACUCGCACGAGCUUCUCCGUCUUCGCGACCACCCUCAUCGUCAUUACUCCCAUGAAGUUCAUCGACAUCGUGACACUUAUCCGCCGUUGUUGGACCAUGAUGAUCUGCAGCCGCGGAAUGUGACGUAUAACCAAAGGGAGGCUCCAGGCCUCACGCCCCCGGAAGUUCAUGAUGCAUAUGGAUCAUAUGUUUCUGGGUUUGCUCCGUGGAAUGAUGUUGACGACCGUCAGCGUUUCACUCCUUAUUCCAACGAUCCCUUACGCCCGUGGGGCUACCGUGAUCGGUACGGUCAAUGGAGGAGGUAUCCAGACACGCAGCAGAUGGUUCAUGAUGGUGAAUUUGGCGACUACUCACGCGAAGCUCUGGCGCCACGAAUGUAUCCGUUCGAAGACCACCGUGCAACCCGUACUGAUGACAAUCGUGAUGGCAACUCGAUGAUGCGUGAACGCUCUCCAAACGUCCAGCCUGGACCAUCUUCAUUUUGA